AGAAAAAAUGUGACAGGAUAAACUUGUCUUCAAGCCAACAGCCAAGUUGUUGGACUUUCUUGCCAACAGAAAUAGUGACUAUAGAUAGAAAGACAGAAACGGGUCGCCAGGACCGGGAUAUCAAGCAUUUAUAUUUGAGAUACCAAUCUUCAUUUGCUCCUUCACGUUUAAACAUAUAGCUUGAAAGGUUCCAGGGCGCUCAUGGAAGGCUCCGCAGGUAACAUCAGAGAACUUCAUGAACACGGUGACUGGCGAGGAAUAGUUCAGCUGUACGAAAAUGGUUUUACUGACGAAAAAAUUCUCUGGUUUCAGCCGGACUCUGAUGGUUUAAAUUUUUUACACAAGAAUCUAUCGGAACUUGGAGUACAAGGUGUAUCUAGUAUUGGUUGUGGCAGUGGUCUGUUUGAAUGGCUCAUAAAAUCUUCAACAGGUUUGCCGGUAAUAGGCUAUGAAAUAGACCAAGGUUGGUGGGAAAGUAGGUACAGCCCACCCAAAUUUUUAAGUGGAAUCAGCUGCAUUGAACCAACUACAUUACCGGAACUAAAUUCUAAAUUUGCUCUUCUAUUUUGUUAUUUCAACGACUCGAAAGCCUUUGAAGCAUACCUUGAUAGCUUCACAGGCGACUGUGUGAUUCUUGUAGGUCCGGAUGAGAAAAACAAAAUUCGAUACUGCGACCCACAGCCGUUCCAACUGAAAGACAGUAAAGGCUGGCGUACACAUGCAGUCUGGCGUAGCAAGUUUCUUGAAGCAAUUGUUAUUUAUAAGAGGUCAACCACCUUUUGUCCACUGUGAUAAUAAAACUCUUUAUUUACCCUCUGAUUUAACACGCAUGCAUAACGAAUGGUAAGAUUACAAAAAAGGAAUUCAGUGGCAAAACAAAUCUGCAUUCACGUUGGAGCAU